CUCGGCUGAUGGCUCAAGGGGGGAGCAAAAAAAAGAAAAGGGAAAAAAGGGCGGCGGAGCUUGAAAAAUGAGAAGAAAGAAACGAGGGGAGCAAGAGAGGGAGCUUCGGCCUUGAGAGAAAACAGAGGCGGCGGGGGAAUCAGAAAACGAAAAGAAGAAAACAAGAAAGGUUGGAGGAAUUUGAGAGAGAAAACGAAAAGAAUGGCGGGCAGUGGAGAAAGGCUUCGGCAGAGCAACGAAAAACAGAGCAAGAGGGGAAAUUUGGAAAGGGACUUCGGCCGACAAAAUCAGAGAAAACAUGAAGUCCUCGACACCCAAGACUUCGACUUCCAGCUACUCAAACUCAAUGAAGCUGCCCCAAGCGCAGCAGUUUCACAGCCAGAGCCUCUUAUCAACUGCUUCUCCACCUGCGUCUCUUCCGGGGAUGACUUGAGCAGUGAUGGCAGCGGAGAUUUCCAACUCACCAGGCCGUCACCGUCCUCAUCGGAUAUACAUCACCAUCAUCUGCCAAUCUUCGUCGAGCAGGUGCUAAUUUUCGUAUGAUAUCUUUCCAAGUUUCUGGUCAUUUGGAUUGUGAUCAUCAUGCAGUUUUUGUUGCUCAGUUUAAAAUUGGGAUGUUGGGUUGAAGAAAAUCUAAUCAAAGCUGUGCAUUUGAAUUGAAAAUCUGGUCUGCAUGAUGAAAAUGGAAAGAAAAGCCGUGGCUGGAAAUUUGCAGCAAGCAUUCCUUUCUGUUGCCUUCCUCGUACCAUUUGCAUGGCAUUUGCAUGAAACUCUUUCAAUAAUUUCACUUCGACCCCUUGGUUUCCAACCAAUGCUGCUAUGACCCAAUCAAUUGAAUAAUC